AUGCAGCCAGGCGUCCGCUCUGAGAGGAGAAGAGACAAGUUAUUUGUGCAGAAGACUUCUUGUUCCAGAAGAGAACCAGCCUCUGCAUAUGGCCCUAAGUCGAUUGCGAUCUACCAGUCGAUUGCGAUCUACCAGUCGAUUGCGAUCUACCAGUCGAUUGCGAUCUACCAGUCGAUUGCGAUCUACCAGUCGAUUGCGAUCUACCAGUCGAUUGCGAUCUACCAGUCGAUUGCGAUCUACCAGUCGAUUGCGAUCUACCAGUCGAUUGCGAUCUACCAGUCCAUUGCGAUCUACCAGUCCAUUGCGAUCUACCAGUUCAUUGCGAUCUACCAGUCCAUUGCGAUCUACCAGUCAAUCGCAAAGAGGGCAGAGUUUCCUGUUGACUGA